AUGGGGAUUAAUAUAAAAGAAACUGAUGUUUUUAUUGUAAGUACAAGUAGAACACCGCUUGGUAGUUUUCAAGGUACUUUAUCAAAAUUAACUGCAGUUGAUUUAGGAGUUCAUGCAAUAAAAUCCGUUGUUGAAAGAUCAUGUAUAAGUGCAAAAGAAAUAGAAGAAGUCAUAAUGGGAAAUGUGAUUUCUGCAAAUCUUGGGCAAAAUCCAGCACGACAGUGUGCAAUUAGAGCAAAUCUUCCUUUAGAAACUGUUUGUACGACAGUUAAUAAAGUAUGUGCGUCUGGGAUGAAGGCCGUUAUUCUUGGAGCUCAGUCUAUUUUUCUUAAAACAGCAGAUGUUGUUGUGUCGGGAGGCAUGGAAUCUAUGUCCAAUGUCCCUUUUUAUAAUUCAAAUAUGAGAUCAGGCUGUAAAUAUGGUAAUACACAGCUUAUCGAUGGCCUUGUUCGAGAUGGUCUUUCAGAUGCGUAUAGUAACGAGUCUAUGGGAAUAGCUGCAGAAUACUGUGCAUCUGAAUAUAGUAUAAGCAGAGAAGAACAGGAUAACUAUGCCAUUUCUAGCUAUAAAAGAGCACAAAAAGCAGUUGAAUUAAAUCUUUUUAAAGAAAUUUCUGCAAUUCAAAUCCCCACAGGGAAUAAAUCAACUAUAUUGAUUGAAAAAGAUGAGGGGAUAUCAAAAUUAAAUGAAGACAAACUCAAAAUUAUUAGACCUGCUUUUAAAUCUGACGGAACGGUUACUGCUGCAAAUGCAUCUUCUAUAAGUGAUGGGGCAGCUGCAUUAUUAUUAGUAUCAGGAAAAAAACUUAAAGAGUUAGGAUUAUAUUCUUCAACAAAGAUUCUUGGAUGGGGAGAGGCUUCUCAGGACCCUAAAAAAUUUACUACAUCGCCUCAUUUAGCUAUUUGUAAAGCUUUGAAAUCAUGUGGACUCUCACAUUCUGAUGUUGAUUAUUAUGAAAUUAAUGAAGCAUUCAGUGUUGUAGCAAUUGCAAAUUCAAAACUUCUUGGUUUAAAUCCUGACAAAGUAAAUGUUUUUGGAGGAUCUGUAUCUAUGGGACAUCCUUUAGGUUGCUCAGGUGCACGUAUUAUUACAACACUUAUAUCUGUUCUUCAACAUCAUAAAGCUAAAAUAGGUGUUGCAGCAAUUUGUAAUGGAGGUGGAGGAGCAUCAGCAGUUGUUAUAGAACGAAUUGAUUAA